UCCUCAUCUUCUCCAGCAAACGUUGCUGUCGGAGGAGUAACUGUUGGCACUAGUCCAGCUUCCUCCUCCACAAGAAGUGGGGAGGGAAACAACAAGACUAGUCGGGAACUGUACUACGUUUUACCGCCAGACGGCGAACCGCAGAAAUUGCGCAUCGGACGUCAAUAUCAGCGAAGUCUUUGGCGGUCUUUUGAUACUGCUGCUGCCGCUGCGGAUCAAAAACAAAAGGACCGACCUGCUGGUACUAGCAGUAGUACUAUUAUAACUUUAAUACAACUAGAGUCGCACUGUCCUGAAGAGCUCUUAGAGAUUCGUGGGGAAAAAGUGACAGAAAACUUGAGUCCGACGAAAACGGCCAAGCGAUGGCGGUUUUUUGCUCGCACGAUGUGGCCGACAAGGCACAAAGACAUGGGGAUAGAACUUGGUCCGGGCGAAGAAAUUCUACUCGAGGAAAACGCGACAUUAUGCGUAGAGCGUCCUUCUUUGGCCUUUCGCUUCGUGCCUUUGGUGCCGCUUGCUCGCGUGGAGGAUCAUCCUCUUGGCCUGCGAUCACCGCUGCUAGGUGGUGGACAUCGCUCGCCUCACGCAGGAUCACCAAUCUCGUUUGCAGAAGUAGUGACCUUGGAGGACCAAAUGACCGCAGGUGGUGCAAAUAGAACAAUCGGAGGUCGUGGCGGUGGUGCCACGAGAACAGAGGAGCAAUCAGGUACUAGGCAACUAACCGCUCUUGACCGAACACAGCCAUUUGUUUUGGCGACUGACACGACCCUAGCUGGACCAGCGAUGUCAAUACCCAGAGCACCGCAGCCAUUGGGCACUGCGGUGACUAUAGUUAUGGCAGACCUGUUUUCGUGGAUCCUUAAAGCAAAGACUAUUCAUUCACUCCAACUAUCCGGCACUAACUUCACCCAUUCCAGUGUCAGGUAGUAUUCCAAAGUGUAUGUGUAGUUCUACUUGUACACAGACACUUCUCCUUAUUUUCCCUCCGUUAAUAUCCGCGGUACAGAAGUCGGACUCUGUGCGGGACAUGCAGCUUUUGAUCCCGGUAGGGGAUCGCUAUAUUCGCCCGUCAGACGCGACACGCUCAUGGGAACACAGUUGGAUGCGCACAAUACUCGGGGACUAUUUUUGCUGGAGACGAAGACGGACCAAGGUAGCAACACUAAUCAUGGAUCAGAGCAGCUUCUAGAACGGGAAACAGUAGUACGAGUUCCGCAUCGUGAGGAACCAAGCUCUCAAUCAAAGCCGCAUUCAAAGCCGAUGAGCCCAGAGGUGGGCGUACACAGCACUAUAAUGCCAGCAUAUCAAAUUGUCGAUGACGCAGAACUUGGUGUGCUCAGACAGCACGUACAAGAUCAAGAAUAUCAGGACGACUAUGUUGGUCAACUGCAUCCAAGUUGCGCUGACAUGACCCGACCGCAAGGAAGAACAAGUGACUUGCGCAGUAGUCCCUAUUCUGACAUACCCUCGGAGGCUGACCAAUCCCAUGGUAAAAAUGUGGAACGACGCCCAACGCUAUUACCAGAAGAAGUUACUGCUUCCAAUAACGACUAUAGACGGAGACUAGAACAACCGGAGCAUGAUCAUCCUGAUUCUACUAUGGUAGAAGGACUUUCAGUAUCUUCAUCCCCACGACCCCCUCACGAUCUUGAGGCAAAUUUGCCGUCACCAGAUCACGUCCCGGCAUUCGUGCAUGCUUCGCGAAGGGCUGCCUCUUCAUCACUAGCGUAUAUUAUGGCGGAUGUCGUAGUAAAAAGUGAAAUUCUACACCAUUUUCGUUCGUGAGGACGAGGAAGGAUGGCCAAAGUGCUUCUAUAAGAAAAAUUAUUACAUUAUGCAUCGUCCCCAUGAUAGAAGACAGCGAACUGACAAACCAUUUUCUCAGGAGCACCUUCUCUAAGCAGCUUCCGCAAAGCCGAGACGCUUUAGGUGCCACGUCACCUGACAUGCAGUUGAAUGCCGGAUAUCUCUACAACUCGUUGAACUCAGCGGGGAAUCCAUCUGGGCCGCCUCCAGCGCGUAAGCCUGGACAUGUCGACCUACCGCCACAGCGUGUGCUAUCUCCACGAAGUGUGUAUCAGCAUCGCUACCAGAGUAAACCUGCGGUGAGCACGACCGCGAGCACGGUUUAUUGCAGUAAAACGACGGAGGUGAGUCCUCCGGCGACAGGAGCAUUUCCUUUGAGUUAUGAAGAGGAGAUUGUGGUUGACAGCGAUGAAUGUACAGUAAUCAAAUGAGUUGCAAGUAGUUGCAGCACUCAAAGUAACUAGUAGCUAAAAAUUCAUGGACCGAGAUGGGGGACUUUAUUUACCAACAAUCACUUGACUGAAUCCUGCUUGUCGUGACUACUUGUUUGUAUGUCCUUGAUAGCGCAGGAGAACCAACAUGUUCAUAUUUGUUUCAUCUGUACCUUUCAUAGCACUGACCACGACCAAGGUGAAGAGGGCAAUACGCAAACAGCGCUUGUUUCAGACGCUCCAGGAUGUGCUGUGCCCUCAGUGAAAGCACGCGUUCGAAAGUUGGAAUCGCAAGGACUUAUGAGCAUCGAUUAUUAUUUGACAUUGACUUUGACAAGCACAAGAUUGUUGGAUAAACACACAUGAGUAGGUACUCCAAUUUGCCACAAACGUGGCUAAAUACUAGGAUUCUAAGUAGUAACUUCUUCUAUAAUGUAUACAUAGAUGCAGCAAUAAAAGAUUGUUAGUAGACGCAGAAGAUCCUGAUGAAAACGAAGCGUCAUGUACUUGUGCCUUACGGUACCUGAAGUAUGUCAUGCGCAAACAAAAAAGCAACGUACUCCUGUACAAUAAGUUGCUCUAAGCCACGAAACGAACCGCCGAUCUCCACUCCGCUCUCUACGCCACACCAGUGGGGAUUCUUACGGCCAUCUUUGAUUGUGUCCAGCCCCAGCAGUCAACAACAACAGCAGAAUGCGGAUAUAACACGGGAUGAUUUCUAUCGAGGGCAAGACGAUGAACCUGUGGAAUAGGAGAAGGAAGAACACUGUUUUUCUCAUGUUGUUCAAGGGCUCCGUUACAACUUCUGUGGAAGUAUUCAAUAUAGGAUUUCAUCACAGUUUUUAGUACUCCGUCAUACUGAAAAAACGAACGUCAUUGAUCAUAAGAGGACUAUCAGUUUUUCUGCUGCUCUUCGCUCACUAGGGGUACUAUCUUCACUUGUGCAUAUGAUCUUCAUGCCAGCCACACCAGUAGAAGGUACUAACUUAGUCUUAGUCAUUUUGUAAGGUGGUGAUGUCACAUUUUCCAUCAACUACAAGGUCAGGAGAUUAAAUUUUUUGUCAAGAAAAUGCACGUCUAUUACUUGCCAAACUGAGGUAAGGACAACGUGGACGUAGAAACUGCCAAUACACAGAAUUUUCUAGACUCGAGACUAGUCUAUAAUGCCAAGUUGUUUUUCCUUGCUUAUUAUUAUUUUACACUUGUUGUUGUUGCGAUAAAACAAGCAAUCCUUUUCCACCUCGCUUGCACAAUCAAAGUAAUCCUUGCACUUCUAGAAUUUUCAUGUUAAUCCAACGCAGGCUCCAGGCGAGUGCAUGAUGUGUGCUACAGCAAAUUGUCAACGAACGUUGUCUACAUCAACAACGAAGAC